CUUCACUAGAGUCCUUGUGGACUAAAGUUCCUGGAGCCCGAGAAAUCGUGAAAUGAACCGGUCCGGGUAUCAUUUUUAUUCCUCCGAUCUAUAUCUUCUUUUUCACGUUUGCUGCCUCGCUACACUUCCUCUACACCCCUCUCCCUCUUUCUUCUCCAUUGAAGCGUACUCUGAAUUCUCCAUUAAACAGCUUCUGAGCUUUCUAUCCUCCAUUGAAGCAUUUUCUGAGGAUAUAUAGCAAAGGUAUCCCAUAAGUCCAAUUAUUUUACGCAGUGGAAGUUCAUAAUAGAAGUAAGAAAUGCAAGAUCCUAGGAUGAUGAAUCAGGCCAAUCAGCGGAAGCAGAAGUCACAGAGGCCAAUGAUUUCACAAGUACCAGAAGACUACAUGAGGGGCCUACAAGAAGGCUCACCAAUGCCAUUUCCUAUAAGAAGUGCACAUAAAACUACCAGAAAAGGCAUGAAGAAUGAUCCAUCAUUGUUGUACCUACCGCAAGAGAGAUCAAAACCCUCAGCACAUCUAGAAUCCUCUACUGUUGGAAAAGAAUAUAUAGAUCUCCAACGUAAAUUUUUCUCAUUGGGGAAAGAGAGCAGCCAGUUGGGGCUUGAGUUAUCAGAGGCUGAAGAUGAGAUCAAGAGCCUCGAAGAUGAGAAGCUUGAACUCUUGGAUCAACUUGUCGUGUUGGAAGGUCUGGUCGAUCCCUCUGAAGUGCAGAAUCAGUAGCUGAAGGUCAUCUUUUUCGUGUUGAGUUGCUCUUAGUACAUUGUAAAGGUAUAUUCUUGUAUCUGUAUAUGGCUGCAAAAUGCAAAUGGAAAGGGGCUAAUACCAUUCAUAUAGAUAUAUUUUUCUUAGGUGUGUAUAUUUUAUUGGUUCUUUAACCAUGAUUUUUAAUUCUUCAUGGGAUCUAUAUUAUGUUGGCUGUUGACUUAUGCUGGUAAUUUCAGAUUGUGCAGUCUCUCUCUUACAAUAUUUUCUAUAUAUAUUUGCCCUUCCCUUUGUCUGUUGACACUUGACA